AGCGUACAAAACAACGCAUACAAUGUUGUUCCUCACCCACGCAUCGCUCACGCUGUUCGGGAAUGCAAAUUUUACCCCCGAUAUAUUGUUGGUGCCGUGCCCAACACGGAGAUUGCAUAUAAUGUGCUUCUGGAUAUACUACUCGAUACCACCUACCGCUUUUCACCAGUCCAGGUAUUGAAACUAUGUGCGCUACGAUGCCUUGGGAACCUUUCCUUGGGCAACAAGUCGUGGCGCGCUUUCCAUCCUUUACUUCAUCUCAUCCCAGAACUAGCCGAACUCAAAUUCGUCCGCCCCCCUCUAAUCCAAUCCAACCUCCCCGAAGAUGAAAACUUCACACCCUGCCCUCGUCAACUUUUACCCCACUUUGUCCGCCCUGGUGCGCUCGAACAUCUUAACUUGUGGAGAACACGCGUCUUGUCCACUGAUGGUUCAAUGGAUCCCAUGGAACUGUACGGAGCACUUGUGGGAGGCGAUGAACUCGUGAGCGUAUGCGAUCCGGAGGUCCUCAGGACUGUACAGAUCCUGGAGGACUUCUUUCCUGAUGCUGCUACGCAAGCAUGGGACCUUGAGAUGAUAAUGAACGCUCUUUUGACCCUCCCCCUUCCCUCUACCAUUCAGCGUUUGCGACUCUCUUCGUAUUCAGUUGUGUCACGCAGUGGACUCGUGACGGAAGACCGCCUUGCAAGACGCAAACGGGACCUUGGGCUGGAAAUCAGAGGUUCCUGUAGCGAU